AUGUCGGAAGACCUGGAGAGCGCCGUACUUUCGGGCGGCCAGAGCGGCCUGGCCUCCUCCGGCCUGGUCCGCCACCCCUUCGGCAAGGAGCUGCUGCCCUUUGAGCGCUACAACUGGCUCUACCACACCCACUUUGUGCAGAACGACUUCACCGCCUGCAUCGAGCAGAUGGACCGCCUGGCUGUGGAAAGUGAGUACUGCCUCUUCCUGAAGGGCCUCAUUAAGCUGCGGCAGGGCAAUGCGAAGAGCGCCCUGCAGCAGUUCAAUCUACUAAAGUCGGUCAACAACACCAACUACAUCAAGGCCAUUGCCCGCUGUCUGCUGAUUCUGGGCAAGCACCAGAACGUCUGCGACAUCAUCAAGGAGGUGGGCCUGAAGGUGGCCCACAAUGACUGGCAGCUGUGGACGCUGUACGGCUAUGCGCUGCUUUUCAUUGGCGCUACGGCGCAGGCGAAGGAGGCAUUUCAGAGUGCGCUGCAGAAUACCAGUCAAGUGGAGCCGUUCAUUGCGCUGGCGAAGUGUCAGAUUGCCGAGAUGGACUUCAAGUCGGCCAUCUUUGUUCUGCGCAGGGCUACGGAGUAA